AAAGAAAAAAAUAGAAUAAAAAUUCAACGAUUUGCCAAGAUAAAAGCAAGACACUUCACAUAAGCUUGGCAAUCACUUACGUGUUAGAUACUUAAUUUGACACAGUUCUUGGUGUUCUCUUCACCUUUUCUUUUUCUUUUUGUAAUCAUUCAAGAAUUUUCUCGUUUUUUUAAUUAAAUCAAUAAGAUCAUCUUCCACAGGCUCUGCAAUUGAGAAAAUGUUUAAAGCAAUCUCAUCUCUGCGCAAAAGUCUGGUUCUACCUCUUCAUUCAAAUAUUCGUACGCUACAAACUUUCUCUAAGUACAACGCACAAGCUGCCUCUGCCUUGCGAGAGAAACCUCUUUAUCAAGAUGAUGAGUAUGCUGAUGUGGACUGGGACAAUCUUGGGUUUGGUCUAACUCCAGCUGAUUACAUGUACGUCAUGAAAUGCUCAAAAGACGGUGAGUUCACUCAAGGUGAACUCAGUCGCUUUGGCAAUAUUCAGCUGAGUCCUUCUGCUGGUGUCUUAAACUAUGGACAGGCGAUAUACGAAGGUACGAAAGCAUAUAGAAAAGAAAACGGGAAGCUGCAUCUGUUUCGCCCUGAUCACAACGCUGUCCGCAUGCAGCUUGGAGCUGAAAGGAUGCUCAUGCCUUCUCCUUCGGUUGAUCAGUUUGUUGAUGCUGUUAAACAAACCGCUUUUGCAAAUAAACGUUGGGUUCCUCCUUCAGGGAAAGGUUCUUUGUACAUUAGGCCUCUGUUGAUGGGAAGUGGUCCUGUUCUUGGUUUAGGACCUUCACGUGAAUAUACAUUCAUUGUCUAUGCAUCUCCUGUUGGUAACUACUUCAAGGAAGGUAUUGCUGCUCUAAACCUCUAUGUAGAGGAAGAGUAUGUCCGUGCAGCUCCUGGUGGAGCUGGAGGAGUCAAGAGCAUCACAAACUAUGCACCAGUUUUGAAAGCACUGAGUAGAGCCAAGAGUCGUGGGUUUUCAGACGUCCUUUAUCUAGACUCUGUCAAGAAGAAGUAUCUUGAGGAAGCUUCUUCUUGUAACGUCUUUGUUAUAAAGGGUCGGACAAUCUCAACUCCUGCAACCAAUGGGACUAUUCUAGAGGGGAUUACUCGGAAAAGUGUGAUGGAGAUCGCCAGUGAUCAAGGUUAUGAGGUAGUAGAGAAGGCAGUUCAUGUGGAUGAAGUAAUGGAUGCAGAUGAAGUUUUCUGCACUGGAACAGCUGUAGGAGUUGCUCCUGUGGGUACUAUAACAUAUCAGGACAAAAGAGUAAAAUAUGAAACUGGGGAUGAAUCUGUCUGCCAGAAGCUGCGUUCGGUUCUUGUCGGUAUUCAGACAGGAUCGAUUGAAGAUACCAAAGGAUGGGUCACAUGUAUCAACUGAUAAACCAAUUAUCAACCACAUUACUCUGCAUUGUAUACACGACACUUGUGUAAAACAUAUAUGAUAUAGAAAAGCUCUUUUGAUCAUUUCUCUUUUGUAUAAUAUUAUUCUUCGUCUUUUCGCAAAAAAAAGUAUGAAAAAAAUGAAUCCUACUUGUACACAAGUAACCAAGCAUUGUUUCAUUCCCACCUGCAGUAACUAUAAAAAUUCACAUUUCAA